GUCAUCUGCUUCUUGUGUUUACUUUCAGAUCCUGCUGUCGUCUACACAGUGGGGUUACUGUGUGUGGCUCAGUCGACCAUAAAGAGGUCUUUCCUCCAGGAGAUGGCUGAGAAAACCUCCCUGGCGGCGUUCACUGACGCUCCUCCCGCUCUGAAGGAAGGCGAGACUUUCCACGUCUUCAUCAGCUACAGCAGCACAGACCACCAGUGGACGCACUCCCUCAUAGACCAGCUGGAGGCAGGCGGCCUGCAAGUCUGCUACCACGAGCGGGACUUCACACCGGGCCGCACCGUGCUGGAGAACAUGUCCGAGUGCAUCCAGGAGAGCCAGAAGGUCCUGCUGGUGCUCAGCUCGGAGUUCGUGCGGAGCCGCUGGUGUCUCCUGGAGGCCAACAUGUCUCUGUUCAGAGACUGCCUGGAGAGGAAGCCCAUCGUCCCCGUGCUGCUGGAGCCAGGAGUGUGCGUCCCGCUUCACCUGUGCCACCUUACCUACCUGGAGGCCGGCGACCCCGAGUUCCUGGCUAAGCUGCUCAAGGUGCUCUUUACCAACAACCGGCAGCUUCUAGGCGCCACGGUGGUUCCCUACCAGCCUCCAUCCAUCUACAACGGAAAGGCCCUGCAGCCUUUGACUGCUGCUAACGUGGAAACUCUUCACAAGUGGGAUUCAGGUACGUUCAGUGACAUGGUUGUGCCGGACCAACUGCUGCUGAUUAUCGAGGACAAGGACAAGUACCAGAAGGCCAUCGCCAUCAUCAACAGUGUGUCUCAAAAUGAAGUGUGGCUGCGGCCUCUCUGGAUGAGAGUUUUGCUCUACAUGAGUGGUUUGAUAAUGUUCCUCUUACUAAUUGGGCUAUUUGUAUACGUGACAGCAUUCGUGACGAUUAACAUUAUUCCUACAAAUGCAAACGAUGCCCCCGUUGGAGCGUUGGUAGUAACCAUUGCGAGUCUCUUCUCCGUUCCAAUCGGGCUGCUUGUUCACCUUUCGCUCUGGAAGAUGGAUGACGGGAAGCACGUGGUGAGGGCGAUGCAAAAAGCUGCGGGGCGAGCCAAUGCCAUCCUCCGCGAGGAGAAGCUCCUCAUGGGCUGCUGCUCCAAUUCCAAACUGUAUCUGGUCUACGUUUGUCUGAACGGCUGCGAGGGCGAGUUCAAGGAGGCGUUCGAGUCGCAGGUCGACGCAAAGGAGGCAUUUAAAAGAGCCCUGCUCAUGUUCUCGUCGGGUUACGCCUGCUGCCUGGCCAAAAAACACUUCCCUUUCCCUCAGCCCGACUCCUGCCGGGGCCACCUGGUGGGAGGGGUGUGUUUUUGCCAAUAUGUCUCCCUGCAGCUGAGCCGAGGGGAGUGGAAGUGAGAAUAUCGGAGAGUACAGUAUCUGUGAAAUGUGAGCGUAUCCUUUACUUGUCCCUUUUGGAGUGGCUGGAGCCUAGCCCAGCUGCACUCGGGCACCUCAUCGAAGGGCCAGGCCAACACAGACAGACAACAUUCACACACUAGGGCCAGUUUAGUGUUGCCAAUCAACCUAUCCCUAGGUGCAUAUCUUUGGAGGUGGGAGGAAGCCGGAGCUACCGGAGAGGACCCACGCACCGGGAAUCAAACCUGGGACCUUUUUGCCAUUUCAGCAAGCAUUUCACUGUAUAUUGUAAAAGGCACAAUACUAGCGGUUUUGGUGUCCAGAUAUGAUUUCGCUUCCGAUACUGACUUUGUAACCUUGAGUAACAGCAGCUAUUGAUUUGAUCCGAUACCUAGGCCUGGGCCGAUAACAAAUUUUGCUCGACGAUGUAUGGACCUACGAAUUAUUGCCACUGAUGCAAUGACAACACAUAACAAUAAUGGAUGUAUACCCUUUCAAACUCAAUCAACUUGUGCUUUUUUGUAUAUUUUAACAUUGUAAUUGAAAUGUACACUUUUAGAUACCAAGUUAUACAAACCCCGUUUCCAUAUGAGUGGGGAAAUUGUGUUUGAUGUAAAUAUAAACGGAAUACAAUGAUUUGCAAAUCAUUUCAACUCAUAUUCAAUUGAAUGCACUUCAAAGACAAAAUAUUUGAUGUUCAAACUCAUAAACUUUAUUUUUUUUUGCAAAUAAUAAUUGACUUAGAAUUUCAUGGCUGGAACACGUGCCAAAGUAGUUGGGAAAGGGCAUGUUCACCACUUUGUUACAUCACCUUUUCUUUUAACAACACUCAAUAAAUAAUUGGGAACUGAGGAAAGUAAUUGUUGAAGCUUUGAAAGUGGAAUUCUUUGCCAUUCCUGUUUUAUGUAGAGCUUCAGUCGUUCAACAGUCUGGAGUCUCCGCUGUCGUAUUUUACGCUACAUAAUGCGCCACACAUUUUCGAUGGGAGACAGGUCUGGACUGCAGGCGGGCCAGGAAAGUAGCUCCACUCUUUUUUUACGGAGCCACACUGUUGUAACACGUGCUGAAUCUGGCUUGGCAUUGUCGUGAGGAAAUAAGCAGGGGCGUCCAUGAAAAAGACGGCGCUUAGAUGGCAGCAUAUGUUGUUCCAAAACCUGUAUGUACCUUUCACCCUUAAUAGUGCCUUCACAGUUGUGUAAGUUACCCAUGCCUUGGGCACUUUACACCCCCAUACCAUCACAGAUGCUGGCUUUGAACUUUGCGUCGAUAACAGUCUGGAUUGUUCGCCUCCCCUUUGGUCAGAAUGACACCAUGUCAAAUAUUUCACAAAACAAUUUGAAAUGUGGACUCGUCAGACCACAGAACAAUUUUCCACUUUGCAUCAGUCCAUCUUAGAUGAUCUCUGGCCCAGAGAAGCCGGCGGCGUUUCUGGAUGUUGUUGAUAAACGGCUUUCGCUUGGCAUAAUAGAGCUUUAACUUGCACUUACAGAUGUAGCAACCAACUGUAUUUAGUGACAGUGGUUUUCUUAAGUGUUCCUGAGCCCAUGUGGUGAUAUCCUUUAGAAACGGAUGUCGGUUUUUGAUACAGUGCUUGCUGAGGGAUCGAAGGUCAUGGUCAUUCAAUGUUGGUUUCCGGCCAUGCCGCUUACGUGGAGUGAUUUCUCCAGAUUCUCUGAACCUUUUGAUGAUAUUAUGGACCGUAGAUGUUGAAAUCCCUAAAUUUCUUGCAGUUGCACUUUGAGAAACGUUGUUCUUAAACUGUUUGACUAUUUGCUCACGCACUUGUGGACAAAGGGGUGUACCUCGCCCCAUCCUUUCUUGUGAAAGACUGAGCAUUUUUUGGGAAGCUGUUUUUAUACCCAAUCAUGGCACCCACCUGUUCCCAAUUAGCCUGCACGCCUGUGGGAUGUUCCAAAUAAGUGUUUGAUGAGCAUUCCUCUACUUUAUCAGUAUUUAUUGCCACCUUUACCAACUUCUUUGUCACGUGUUGCUGGCAUCAAAUUCUAAAGUUAAUGAUUAUUUGCGGGGAAAAGAAAUGUUUAUCAGUUUGAACAUCAAAUAUGUUGUCUUUGUAGCAUAUUCAACUGAAUAUGGGUUGAAAAGGAUUUGCAAAUCAUUGUAUUCUGUUUAUAUUUACAUCCAACACAAUUUCCCAACUCAUAUGGAAAUGGGGUUUGUACGUAUAUAUAUACACAUAUACAUGUAUAUUUCCUGAUGUACAUUGCGCCGGCGGAGGCAUGUUAGAAGCCUGCCUGUCACUAAACACUGCAUGAAUACAGCGGCGGAGUGCAUUAAAAGUGCAAAAUUAUAUGUUAACAAAAUAAAACAUGUUUUAUUGUAA